AUUCGCUUGUCAGUCAGAAAUUUGGAAUUGAAGUCGUCGACAUUUCUCAAAAGUUUUAAACUUUUUAAUUGUUUAAAAGUAACUUUUUAAUCAUAUUUAUGUGAUAUGAAAAUAAUGUUAUUGAAUAAGGCGUGAUUUUUUAUAUAUUUUAUAUAUUUUAUGUAGUUAAAGUGUCAGUUUUUAAUGUGUGUUGUGAAUAACUGUAUUAUUGUUUUGUGUAGGUGGCUACGUCCCUACUCCAUGAAUUGUCCUAAUGUGAAAGUGUUUGCCGCAUAAAAUUUAACUUCCAUUGUUUCAAAUAUUCCUGGUAUUGUUAAGAAAAUGUCUUGCGCUAUAUUUGCGUAAGGUGAAGUUAUGAAAAAGUUUGCGGGGAUGUGUUAAAGUACAAAUUAAUUUACCAUUUUACGGGAAACAAGUUGCCUGCGAACACCAGCCAUGAAUGUGCCACCCCAGGUGAACGAAGGAGACGUCUUAUCAUCAGACGAGGGCGGCGGGAGUUCUGAGUCUCGUUCCGAUAGCAGCGAGGACGAGGUGACUGAGCACGCGCCUAGAGCCACGCCCACCGACAACAUGGCGGCCGCUAGGGCACAAGUGCCGACUAUCAGCGUGACCCCGCACAGUCCGGGCGUGCUGGACGACAGUCUACAACAGCUGCGGCGACUGAACGCGGCCGUACAACGCAUGCGAGCAGCGCCUCUACCACUACUGGCUACUGGUAACAGCCGUCUAAGUACGUCUUGUCCCUCGCUGUGCAAAGAUGGCGUGGUAGAGCCGGAGUGUUCCUCCCCCACGCAUCUUGACUUCUACCCUCAGAGCCGUAAGGGUAGUGGGGAUGCGCGGCAGUGGGGGGGUUGGGGCGGCUGGGGGUGGGACCGGCGGGACGAGGGCCGGCGCAGCUCGUGGGCCGCGCUGGAGCCCGGCGCCAAGCCGCCUGACGCCAGGAGACAGAGAAGUAACCUGAACGGUCACAGCGCGUCUCUGUCGUCGAUGGAGUCCGAGAGCGAGGUGCCGCGCCCCGUGCGACACUCCACACACUCCCUCAACGAUAAUGAUUUAGCUCGCACCUCGUGGCAAUUUUUAAAAACAAAUAGCGUUAAACACAGCGUCUUUAUAAGCAAACGCAUAAAGGCGACUUUAGCAUGCAUGGAACGAAAGGCAUUGUACCUCUCGCUCGGUGGUAGCUUGUCGACCGGUGGUGCGAGCGAGACGGAGAGCGAUGAAGACUUGUCCGUACAAACGGAGGGCAACAACCAACUGCCCGGCAGAAGGAACAACACGCACCAAGAACAUCUCGGACUGGAUCGACUUACAUUUUUAGAACAAGCUGCGUUCGAUCAUCAUGCUGAAAAGAGACGGAAGAGGGGCAGUUUGUUCUUUAGAAAGAAGAAGGACAAGUCGCGCAAGGCGGCGCACGUGUGGCAGGCGGCGGGGUCGGGCGGCCACUGCGACUGGUGCGCGCGCGCCGUCGCCGACAAGCCCGCGCUCUACUGCGACAAUUGUACGAUGACAGUACAUCAAAACGUCUGCAAAGAUUAUAUAGUGGAAUGUAACAAGCCAAAGUCUUCAAAGACAUCUGUGGGCAAGUCGCUUAGCACUAGUAGCGGUAAAAGCAGUAAACGGAGCUCCGUCUCUGGUCAGUCGCAGAAUGCUAACAGUACGAGCAUCUACGCUGAUGACAAGGACGGCUCAGACCACAAACAUGAUCAGAGUGAAUUCUGUUCUCGUCACCGCGAGGCUGUGGAGGUAUUUAAGGAGUGUUGUACGCGGGAGCCCCGGCUUGCGCGCUUCAUACGCAAGUGUCAGCAGAACCCGCUGCUCAGGAAAAAGGGUGUCCCGGAGUGCGUGCUGUUCGUGGCGCAGCGGCUGACCAAGUAUCCUCUACUGCUGGAGCCGCUGCUGAAGACAGCUGGUGAUGAUGUUGUUGAGAAGGAAUUGCUGCAAAAAGCUUUAUGCGGUGUUAAGGAGAUUCUGGUGGACGUGGACAACCAGGUGGCAGCGAAGGAGCGGGAAGACCGCAAGCUGGAGAUGUACCACCGUAUUGAUGCCAAAUCCUUCGCUCAUUAUCGCGGACGGAAGUUCAAGAAGAGUGAUAUCCUGCACGGGAAUAGAAGCCUUAAAUUCGAAGGUGUGGCGACUUUGAUGCAGGGUCGCAGUAAAAUGCAGACUUUACUAGUGAUCGUGUUGACCGACGUGUUGUUUUUCCUCCACGAUAAUAAUAAUAAAUAUACAUUCUUUACGCCGGAGAACAAGAAACGGAACAGAAAUUACAUCAUCUUUUUGAAACAAGCACAAGUUAUACUAGUACAAAGACAGGCAGCAGUACAGAGCUGCCCGGAGGAGGUGGAGGAGUCUGAAGCAGGCGCUCUCGCUUCCUCCGCCGAGGAGAGACAGAGACAGCUGGAGGCACGCCACGAGAACAUAAGACUGAUCACAGAGGCAUUGCGACUUAAAGAUCGCGAGCACGCGGUACUAUUAGAAGAGAAAAUGGCGUUACAUAUGAAGAUGGUCGGACAUACUGGAUCAUCUACGUUGGAUGUGCCUCAUACGGGUAUAACGUCAGUGUUCCCUGGAGGGCUAGUGUUUCCGGACUAUGUGCGGCUGUCUGCGCCCUCACCCGACACUCACGCCCUCUGGCAGGAAGUCUGCAAAGUUGUCAAGGAUGCAUUAGAAGCGUCCAGCGGCACGUGGACGGGUGGCAUUGCACUUGGCCGCAGCACCAGCUCUGCUGGCGAGCGACACUCCAGCGCCUACCAGAGCCCCGCGCUGCCGAGGCGUGCUGACACUUUCGCCGGCUUUGACGCUGCUAAACAUAGAGUGGAAAUUCACGAUAAUAUGAAUCCAGGAGUAGCAGUCCGUUUAUCAACGGACACGGCUAUGGAGGGUGGGGCACCAGGCGAGCAGGAGGAGGCUGGGGGCGAGGAGCCGCGCCUGCUGGACCAGCUAGGAGGCGACGCGGCGCUCAAGCUGCAGCACGCGAUAUACACCCUUACGUGCAUCGUGUGGCAACAGCUCACCACUAUACACAGCCUGGAGGCGCAGGUAUGCGCGUGGCGCUGCAGCGGGGGUGUGUCACUGCGUACGCACGACGCGCAACUGGAGGAGCUGCGGCACGCGCAGGCGCGUCUCACCGCGGAACGCGCGGCGUGGGAGGCGCAGCGCGCUGCAGACAACGCCUCACUGGCUGACGAGCGCCGACAGCUGGCAGUAGCUCGUCAGGAGUUGGAGGAGCAGCAGAAGGAUGUGGAGCAGCAGCGCGAGCGCCUCUACCGCCGACUAGAGAGACUGCAGCAGCACGGCGGGUCUCAAGAAGAGAUAGCGAGUGUGGGCACCCUGUCUCCGGACUCCAGUGUCAGUGACACAACGCGUCGGAAAGAACCAAAAUGGCGGAAUAAUCGUGGUUCGACUGGGUCGGAGUCGUCAGCGUGUGUGCCGCCCCCGCAGCUGCUCUCCGCACACAAUGAAAGCCGCGCGACUGUACGCGCGCCCGCCAUCUCUCAAAUGGUGAAACAACAGCUGCCAUUAAAGUUAGCGAGUGGUAAAAACCAGCAGCCGCCGGCCGGAUUUCAUACUAGUCAAAGGUAG